AUGGAUCAUUACUCUUCUCCCGGAGGCACAUGGACAAUGAUUCCAACCCCAAAUUCCAAUUCCCAAAUCCAAUCCCAAUCCAAUCAAGACCCAAACCUUUAUCUUCAACAACAACAGCAACAAUUUCUCCAUCAACAACAACAACAGCAAUCUUUUCAACAACCACAAACCCCCCAAUCUCAAUUCCAACUCCAGCAACAACAGCAACAGCAACAACAGCUUUAUCAACAACAACGACUUCUACAACAACCACAACCACAACAACAACAACAACAACAACCCCAACAACCACAGCAACAACAGCAGCAGAAUCUUCACCAAUCACUCGCUUCUCACUUCCAUCUCUUACAUUUGUUGGAGAAUUUGGCUGAGGUUGUGGAACAUGGAAACCCGGAUCAGCAAUCGGAUGCAUCGAUUGCUGAAUUGAGUAACCAUUUUGAUAAGUGUCAGCAGCUGUUGAACUCAAUCUCUGCUUCUAUUAGCACCAAAGCCAUGACCGUCGAGGGACAGAAGAAGAAGCUAGAGGAAAGCGAGCAAUUGCUAAAUCAGCGAAGAGAUUUAAUUGCCAAUUACACAAAAUCUGUGGAGGAGCUUGUCAAGUCUGAGCCAUAA